AUGUUGUCGCGACUACUACUCACGACCGCCGCGUUGGCCAUGUUGGCCACUGCCGAGCCGCUCCAGAAUUAUCCGUACACACCUACGGACUCAAGUGACUCGAUCUACACGACUGUAUCAGAUGAUGGCCCCAUGGCUAGCACAGGUCAGCGCAGACUCGAGCCCUUGCCAACUGGGAGCGCCGAGGAGCGAAGCGAAUUGAUUUACAUAACACUGACGCACGACAGCCCGAUGGCCGGCCCGCGCACGCUGCGCCAUGACAAGGAACCAAUGCGUCGGGAGGGCCGUCACGUUCGAAUGUUAGAAGACGACGAUCACGACAGCGACGACACAGCCAGCUCCAAACAUGGAGACAACAACAAGGAUGAAGUUACAGAUGAACACAACUCCAGUGGCAUCUUCAGUAACACUGCAGUGAUAGUCGUCCUCGCCAUUGUGGCCAUAGUGCUUGCCAUCGCGGGGGUCAUGCUGGUUGUUGUUCGACACCGCAGAAGACGAGCACUGGAGCGAAUAAGCAGCACGCCCCCGCAGCUGUCAACAGCACCUCCAGUCGGUGUCGUCUACGCACAGCAUUAG